AUGAACACCGCGGACUCCAGUGGCCAAAGACAGCGAGUCAUACUCGUCGGCGUGGGGGGUGCAACAUGUUCGGGAAAAACGACUCUGGCUAAGCAUCUACGCAGAUGCAUUUUGAAUAGUAUCAUUAUUCACCAGGAUGAUUUUGCUCCACCCCAAGAACUGGUACCGGUCCAUCCCGAGUACGGUGUACAGGACUGGGACGAUGCGCCAGGUGCUAUAGACUGGCCGCGUAUGCGUGCGUUCUUGAAGAAGGUCAAGGAGACAGGCGUGAUCCCCGAUUCACACAAAUCACACGACCAUCUCAACGAGCAAAAGGAUGUCCCUCUCAAUGACGAAACAUUCGGCCGAUGGAAAGAACUCUUCGACAACUUGGCAAAGAGAUACGAGCAGAACGGUGAGAAUAUCGUAUGGGGACUCGUCGAUGGGUUUCUGCUUUACUGGGAUACAGAGAUAAUUGACCUGUUGGAUGCACGUAUAUUUCUCCGUGUCUCAUAUGACGCCCUCAAGCAACGCAGACACGAGCGGCACGGGUACCAUACCGCAGUCCAAUCUGAUCCAGAGGGUUCCCUGUGGCGUGACCCCCCGAACUAUUUCGACCAGAUCGUCUAUCCCGCGUAUGUCCGCGCACAUACCCGUAUGUUUGAGAACGGCGAUUUCGAGCAUGGCGAACCAAGCGAUUUCGUACCGCGUCUCGUGGUAAUCGACUGUGAGGAAUUGAGCAUGGAUGAAGUGUUUGAAAGGUCUGCACAGGCAGUUUGGGAAGUGUCCAAGAUAGAGUGAAGAGGGAAAAGAUUAGAAUGUAUGAUUUAGAUUUCUCCGGUAUAUGACCAUUAGAUUAGAGAAGAUUGACAAUGAC